GCAACGCAAAAGGCUCUAGUGCAAUCUUGCAAAAAAUGUCGCCAAUCAAGCGCGGAUGUACGGGCGCGCUCGGUAAUUAUGAUUCGCCAAGGGAUAUCGCGUGAAUUCGCCUGGCACAGGCAAGUGUCUUCAUUCUCGUGGGGAAUCGUACGCGCCUCGAGUUUGCCUCGCUCGACCGUGUUUUUAUUCCCCCGUUACUCCGAGACCUUCCAUCCUAACCUAACAAAAUUUCCGAAGCGUGCGGGUCCGCGUUGCUGCGGUAUGGCAACCCGCCCGGCGGGGUUCUUAUCGGAUGGCAGACGACACUUGACAGAUCUCUUCCGCGCCGCCGUGAAAGCGGUGUCUCCGAACGAGAUCAUCAGAAGGAAAGUGAGACUCCGGGAUGACGUUCUGUAUGUCAACAAUGAGAGAUAUCCGCUCGGGAAGAACGUUUACUUGGUCGGAUUCGGCAAAGCGGUUAUGGGGAUGGCCGUGGAGCUCGAGAGGAUACUCGGUGACGUCCUGAAGAAAGGUAUACUCAGCAUACCGAGCAGGUCGCUGGACGCGAUAUGGGAGUCCGAGGAUAAGUCCAGCUUCCCGAAGCUGCACGACAGCGUGAUCGAGUAUCGCGAGGGUGGCGUCGACAAUCAGCCCAACGGCGAGUCGUUGGAGGCCACACACCGUAUUAUAGAUCUGGUGGAGAAUUUAACUAACACCGACACUCUGAUAGUCUUGGUAUCAGGCGGAGGCUCGGCUUUGCUGUACAUGCCGAGGCCGGUCCUCGACCACGAGGACAAGCUGCAGCUGUGCAGGAAACUUCAGAACGCAGGUGCCGGUAUCACCGAGCUCAACGUCGUGAGAAGAAAGUUGUCUCUCGUGAAAGGCGGCGGCCUGGCACGAAUGGCUCAUCCGGCUUCCGUAAUCACGCUCAUAUUAUCCGAUAUCAUCAACGACCCCGUGGACCUAAUCGCCAGUGGCCCCACUGUGUACAACGCCAAAGCACCGGAGGAGAUAGCCGCUGUCCUGAGAAAGUACAACCUGUAUCAGUCGCUAGAUGGUGACCUGAAGAAAGUUUUAACAUCCAAGGAGACCCACAACGACGCUCCACUGUUGAAUACAGCCGGUCAGUUUAAGCACGUGACGAACAUAAUCGUGGGGAACAAUACGAUGGCCGUGGAAGCCGCGUCGCGAGAAGCGUUGCGCAAAGGAUUCACUCCGAUAAUCCUGAGGAACGAUGUUCAGGGCGACGUGCGUGACGUUGCCGCGGCGUACGUGCGCAUUGCGAGUUCGGUAAUCCUCGCAAUGAGAGGUGAAUUGAGCCUGGAAGAUUUCUGUGACCGAGUCUGCAACGAGCCGACGAUUCCGUUGGAUUCUCCGAAAUCACGCGAGAUCUAUCGUUCCGUUGUCGGCGAUAUCGGUGAUAUUGUUCUGAUUGGUGGAGGAGAGCCCACGGUUCGGGUGACGGGUGAAGGAAAAGGCGGCAGGAAUCAGGAAUUGGCCGCGAGCUUCUCGCUAAGUUUCUUCAGUGCGAUCAGGUCGCGGCCGACGCUCGCUAACUGCGAGGUGAUGAUGUUGAGCGCCGGUACCGAUGGUCAGGAUGGUCCCACCGACGCCGCCGGUGCGUUCGGUUAUCCCGCCAUCGCGCCUGUAACGUACGAUCUUCGCCGGAAAGUCCAAGCUAUGCUCGGUGAGAAAUUCGCGCCGAUCUCGUCCCGGGAAGCGAUGAAAUACGCGAGGACGAUAACUGACGAAGGGGACACGCGGGAUCCGUCGUGUGAAAAACCGGGAACGAAUAACGCGAUCGAUCCUCGGGUGUUAACGAUGAUGGAAGCGGAACGCAUGUUGAUCGACAACACUCUGGCGAAUAACGACACGUACAAUUUUUACUCACGCUUCAAAAGAGGCGCGGAUUUACUGAAGACGGGACUCACCGGCACCAAUGUUAUGGACUUACACUUGAUUUACAUAAGAAAGGAACCAUGCGAAUCCGCGAUAUCCGACGAGGUAACACAGUGUGAACGCAUCUUCGACGCGCACGAUUUGCGCGCCGAUGCAACUACCGUCGCCAAAUACAAGACGAUGCAGGCUUCCUUACAAUUUGACGAGGACGAAGACUUAACUGCUAAAGCGAGGGAAGGUAAGCCGCCGCUCAACAUAAGGAUCGUCGAUAAGAGUCUUACGGACCCGUGUUGCGAUAAAAACUGCAAGCAAUGAUUCAGCGGAUGAUACGGUGAAGAAUGUGCGAUAAAACGGCCUGUAUUAUAGCGCAAUUAAAAUUAUAUACGCACAAUAUUUUCCUCUAACGAAGAAUAAAUAUUUUAUAUUGUUGUAAUACCGAGAA